GCCACAAAUCAGCCUUCGUCUUGACUGUUCUGCACAAAAAGUUUCUCAACGAAUAUCGAAUCCAUGGCCAGUACUUUGGCGCAGAAUGUUCCCCGCAUCCCCCCUAGUAGGAUGCCAACCGCCAUCCCUACUCAUAUCAAAGACGUAGGAAGCUCUAUAGGCGGGAAAGUGAGGCUUGUUGGGACGGCCUAUGUUUACGACGUAUUCACAGGUUUGAUGCUCGUGGGAUAUGAAUCAUGGUCAAUCUGGGUCGACACCUCAGUCUGCUUCGAUCCAUCGAACACUAAGAGCGUCCCUUUCCUACGAGAGUACAACUCUGACGUGAUGUUGAUCGGUAAUAUCGAAGAAGCAUACGAUUCAUUGCCUCCUCCCUCAUUGAGAGAUUGCCGCGCCCUUAGAGGGUUUUAUUCCCAGCUCAUUCUCAGAGCUAUCCAUAUCCAGGGGGUGCACGGACUUGAUAUCGAUUGUUGGAACAGCAGUGUAGCCGUAUAGACUGCAAAUUGUCAUCACAAGUAGUCACCUCCAGGUGCGUCGGGCGAUGCCUUUUCGAGUUGAACUAUGACGUUUGGAAGUUGUGUGGUUUUCCCUGGAGCGCUUCAAUCCAAUCUGCAACCGGAGUGUUGACUGAUUUAUCCGGUGCCCAGCGCAUCUGUCCGAGAUCGUGAGUGGGGAACUUAUGCCAGGAAUGUCUUCGAUUGCGUCCUCAUCCCAUCCAAGCCUGCUGAAAUGAUUGCGAGAGCGUCGCAACGGCGUGCAAUCGUAUUAAUUGAUAAUCACGGUGCUAGGGAAUGUCAAAGCUACAAAAUUAUUCGUGUCAACUAGUAUGGAAUGUCUAAUAAGAUAGAAUGCUGCCAAGU